ACAAUAAUGAUCAGUUUUUUAGUACGUUGUCGUUAUUUGAUCGCUAUGUCGUAAAUAUUUGAUCUUUAUAUUAUAAUGUGGUCGAUAUUUGAUUUUGGUUACGGGAUUUGAUUUCUGAUCAUUUUAAUCAAAAUUUCCCAAGUUAUAUAUGGUGAUCUGAAAUUUUCGUUGCUAAUUGAAUUGGGUUUUGGUUGAAUUUGAAUCAGGCCAUUAAAGGUUAAACCUUCUGAUGGGUAUUGGUAUUUCAAGUGAUUAAAUUUAAUUUCGAAAUUAAGAUUUUGUUUUAUUGCUUAGAAUUAAUCUUUGUGGUUGGUGAAAUUGUAUUUGGAAUUUCGAUAUGGGUUGUCUCAGGGCUUUCGUUUGAUCUUCUGAGAUGAAUUGGUCAGUGCUUGCUGCUAUGAACUUGUACUUUUCAGGCGUUGACCCUCAAAAGUUUCUGCUUUUAAUGGAAAUGCCUAAAUUCCGGUGCUAAACUAGCUGUUUUGGUGAUUGGUCUGAAUAUCCCGAAUCUCCCUUGUCCGUUGAGGGAAAUGUUGAUGGAUUUCACCUUGGAUUACUGAUUCAUUUGAAGGACUAGUGUUUCCUACACUGAGCACAUGGCUGCCUCGGGGACUUCAUCUGCAUUGACGCAGAAAGCCCCCCAGGAUUGGUCUAAAGCUUUGGUACACGCUCUUUUUGAAUGGCUGCUGAUUUCUAUGCUGUUUGUUUACGCCAUAUUCUCAUAUGUUAUUACGAAGUUUGCUUAUUACUGUGGAUUGCAAGCGCCUUGUCUGCUGUGUUCAAGAAUUGAUGAUGUUUUGGGAAAGGAAAAACUUGGUUAUUAUUGGGACCUUUUCUGUGGAAAUCAUAAGUCAGAGAUUUCUUCGUUGGUUCUUUGCCGUACUCACAAUAAGCUUGUAGAUGUUCAUGGAAUGUGUGAAAGUUGCCUCUUCUCAUUUGCAACAUUUAAUAGAUCCAAUGCCGAGACUUGCGGAUUACUGGUGGGUAAGUUGGGGGAUGAUCCUAAAUUUGAUUUCGAUGAGGACCCUUUACUCGUGGGUCAUAAUACUUGCUCUUCAAGCAGAACGUUGUGUUCUUGUUGCAAUCAGCCAUGGAUUUCUCGGGGGCAUUCUCAAACGUUGAUUCAGACAAAAAUAUUUGGCGCUGAUGCUGAACUCGAUAUGCCCCUAUCUCGUUCUAUUGAACAUAAUCAGAAAGAACCGAGGAAGGCACGAGAUGAAUCAUAUAUGUCAGCAAGAACCACUCAUAUGAGAGAGAAUGGGAUUCACCCUAUAUCUCAUAUCCGAUACACAGAACUCAAGGUUAACUCUGAUACUGAAUCGGAAGUUCAUUGUUCUGACAAUGAAGGUGCAAGUGCUUUGAUUCAUGAAAGAGACAAUCCCAAGGAAGAUAAAUCAGCUCCGAGAGAUCCAGCAUCUGUUCCCAAGCCUUCAAUUUUGGUCUCACAGACACAAGUUGAUUCUAAGUCCCAUGGUAGUACAUCUGUAGCAUCUACUGUUGCUAUCAGCCAUGGACUGGAGGAACUUAACUGGCAACAAGUUGGAAGCAAGGCUGAUCUCCCUCCGUCAACUGCACCCAUCGUUGACAAUCACCCUCCAUCAUCAAAUGCAAUGAAACCCCCAAUUGAAGUAUCAAAACAAAGAAUUGAUAUUACUGGAAAUCGUGAAAUUGAUCAAACAUCUGUGGCGGAAUCUGGGGAAUUGUACAAGGGAGAAGUCAAGCCACUUACAACAUCUGAAACAGGUUUGGAAACAAACCUUGUUUCAAGCAACGGUAAUGAGCAAGUAACCAAUGUUCUAGACCUUGGUGAUGCUUAUAAACUUGUUGUUGUUAGUAAAGGAAGGCAUUUGUCUGGUGUGGUUGCAGAACAAUGGAUUGGGAAGGACUCUUCUAAAGUUACUGAAGAUUUGAAGGUCUUGCUGUCACAGUUGUCUACCACUAGAGGGCUUGAGCAAUCAACAAGCGCAACGAGUCCGAGAUUGUCUGCAAAUAGUGGAAGUGCAAUGAGUCCGAGAUUGUCUGCAAAUAGUGGAAGCGCAAUGAGUCCGAGAUUGUCUGCAAAUAGUGGAAGCGUAAUGAGUCCAAGAUUGUCUGCAAAUAGUGGUGAUUUGAAAGCUUCGGAUACUUCUAGUUAUUUUGGAAUGCAGAUACAUAACAAGAGGAUCUCACUUGAAAGAAAUGAGUCUGGGCUGUCCGUGGAUGGGAGCAUUGUCAGUGAAAUUGAGGGUGAGAGUAUGGUUGAUCGAUUAAAGCGUCAGGUUGAGCAUGAUAAGAAAAUUAUGAGCGCUUUGUAUAAGGAGUUGGAGGAAGAAAGAAAUGCUUCUUCAAUAGCUUCAGAUCAAGCAAUGGCCAUGAUUACAAGACUGCAAGAGGAGAAGGCAGCACUCCGUAUGGAAGCACUCCAGCAACUAAGAAUGAUGGAAGAGCAAGCCGAGUAUGAUAAUGAAGCUCUGCAAAAGACAGACGACCUUCUUGUCGAGAAGGAGAAGGAAGUACAAGAUCUGGAAGCGGAGCUGGAAUUUUAUAGGAAUAAGUAUCCCAAUGAAUCGAUGCUAGAUAAUCUGGCAGAGACAACCGGUGAUGUUCAUGCAAGGGAUAUUGGGGUUGUUCAUUCCGAAUCAAGCAGCAUGGAACAUAGUUCAAGUGUACAUAAACAUGUGGAUAAUGGAAAGCCUCAUACACACAGCAAAGUUGAAGGAGCCGCUACAACUUUUGGUGACAAGGAUCGUAGUAGUGUAAAAGCUACACUUUUGGAUUUCGAAGAUGAGAAGAUACAAAUCUUACAGUAUUUAGAGAAGUUAGAGAAGUCACUUUCUUUGCUCUCUGCCAAUGGGGUAAAUUCAGAUUCGUCCAAAGGUGAUUGUUCAAAAAAGGGAGGUUCCCAAGAAAACCCUCUGUCCGUGCAACAUGAAGAGUCUGUAUCAUUGUCGGGACAUACUGAAUCACUUAAAAGCCCUCAGUCAAAUGACAAGGGACAGUGUGAUAUUCGUUGCAGUGGGCCAAACUCUGCAGAUCUCUGUCAAGUAACAGAUUUAGCUUCUCUCCGGAUCCUGAGUUCCAAUGUGAUCAAGAGGUUGAAGGCACUCGAGGCCGACCGAGAGUUUCUUGAACAUGCGAUUAACUCACUUAAACACGGUGAGGAGGGACUGACGUUCAUUCAAGAUAUAGCUUCUUACCUGGGAGAACUACGACAAAUCGGGAUAAGAGAUCAAACAUCAGCUUGAGUGGCAUGCUUACAUGACAUGAUCUUCGAGAAGUCAGAAGGCGGGUACCUGUUUAUCGAGUCUUUGGAUUGAAUAAAUCGAAGAAGAAUCAAGAGACAAAAGGAACGGAAGGACCAGAAAAUGAGAGAACGGGAGUUUGAAAAUCACUACCCUUCGAAGAUUUGGCGUAUCAUUUGUACAGUAAUACUUGCUUCUUCUUUUUUUAACCUCAACAGUCAACAAAAAGAAAAUAAUAGGAUUCGAGUCCCCUCCCUUAUACUAUACAGUUGGUCGUUUUUUCUCCCUUCGCCCGCCUUUUUUGGGGUCUGAGACCGUCUGACAUAUUUCACAUUUUACUUUGGAAAUAUGUAGAUUUGGUGAGCUUUUUAUUUUUAUUUUAUUUCUUUUACUAACUGAGUUUGAGUGGGAGUUUAUUUGUUUAGUUUAAUAUUCUUCUUUUUUUUCACCAUUUUUUGUUUUUAAUUUUUAAUGGAGUGGAUGAGUGAUUGAAAUGUAAAACGGGUGAAUAUUGUGUGUAAACUGUCAAGUAUCAAUAAGAAGAUUGAUGUCAUUCCAUUUUGUGCAA